CUCCUCCCCCCUCCUCCGUCACGGAUGAGGGCUAAAAUGACAGCUAACAGCUAGAGUGCAGGUUCUGCGCAUUCUGUCAAACAUGGCCGGAGACUUGUGGAGUUUCGCGCUGGACAAAGCCGAGCUGCUCUCUGGCCGUAUAAGGGAGCUGGUGACGUCUGGACAAGGCGUCGUUCGGGCUCGGUUCGGAGUGGACCUGGGUCUGAAGCCCGAGCUUUACCCGACCUGGGUCAUUCUGUCAACGGCUGCGGUGGGGGUGCUGCUGCUGCUGCUGCUUCUGGAGGCGUCCUGGGCCGCUGUCUGCGGCGGCGGAGGAGGAGGCGGAGGUGGGCAGCCGGUCAGGAAAAAGCGGGCUCUCCAGGUCAACCAAGCCGGCGACGAGACGACGAAGGCCGGCUUUAAUAACAAUAAUAACGAUAAAAGUGCCAAACCGGAGGAGCAGAAGAAGCGAAACAAAAAGAAAGCUGGCGACAAGAAGACUCAGUCCAAUGGACAGCCACCGGUCGUUGCUCAAGAGGAAGUUAAAGCGACUGUUGCAGCGUCUGAAACCGCCACGGAGAUCAAAGCCGAAAAGAUACGGCCAAAAUUCAGGGGAACCGAAACUGUCGCUGUUGAACAAGUGCAUGAGGUGCAGGCUCCGGUGCAGACGAAAAAAAACAAGAAGAAACCUAAGACCGAGGCCAAACCGGUUCAGCCUUUGUCCACGAGUGAUGGGAAAGAACCCGACGAUGGUGCAUGGGAGACUAAAGUCAGCAACCGAGAGAAGAGACAACAGCGAAGGAAAGAAAAGGGUUCCGAGGAUUCUGGUAGUCCGGGAGGCGUUGAAGCGUACAAACCUCACGUCGACCCGCCCGCCGCCUCAGUAACCGGCAAGAAGAAACGAGGAAACAACGAGAACCAGCAAUCGAGACCGAGCACAAAGGGAGACCCAGCCAGUGGCAAAGGCAAAGCUGAACCUUUGAGCUCUUCUUCCCCCGCUCGGAAAGUAGAGCCCACGGUCAACGGUGGAGGCUGGUCUGACGUCUCGUUGAAGGCCAGCGGUCCGAGUGGCUCUGUGGAAGGAACCAAGUGGAGCUCCGUAUCUGCGUCGGCACGAUACAGACCCCAGACUGACCCCCAGCCCUGGACCCAGGAGUCUCAAGCAGCUUGGAGCAGCGUGGACGGCAAGAUGAAGAAAAUGGCCUUUUCUGUCCUGCAGCCAAACUCCACAGAUGCAUUAUCAACUUCAGCUAAGAUGCAGUGGGUUAACCAACCCAGCGUUGAUGAUCAAUGGUCCGGAUUCAAGGGGGUGGCAGCAGAUUCCACCUCCGACUGGAACGCCCCAGCAGAGCACUGGGGAAAUUACGAAGAGCCUCCUGUGCCGGUGGCAGCAGCAGCAGCAGCUACUCCGCAGCAGGAUCAGCCCAAGGUAUCAGAAGACGAGAAGGAGAUUGACGAUCCCUCGGAGGGAGCUGCUAAAUCUAAGAAGAAGAGGAAAAAGAAGAAGAAGACAGAAGAAGAGCCUGCUUCUGAUACCCUGACUCCAAGUGCAGCCUCUGUACACAGUGCAGUAACCAAAGCCCCGGAGCAUCCUGCGCUGCCCUUACAGAAUACCAGCAUAUCGUCCUCUCAGAAGAAGUCUGAGCCGACCGUCGAACCUCAGAAGCCCUCCCAGAAGAAGAAGGUCCGACGGGAAACUUGAAGGAACAACACAGGUCUCCACAAACGUUAUGCAAAUGAUUGUUAGGCGUGUCACAUGCAAUAAUUACCAGGUACAGUUUCUGUCUUGGAUGCGUAACAUUUAAAUAGCAACAAGAUGACAGCGAGCAGCAGAUUCAACCUGCUGCACUGAGAGGCGGUCCUAUGGACUGGCAAUUGUAACUAAUUUUGCACUAUUUGCUAAACCGCAAAGAGAGGCAGCCUUUCAGGUGGGCUUUUAGUAAUGCUACAUGUUAAAUGGUUUUUGGAAAUGUAUUUCCUUCUUUGUUUAAUUUUUUUUUUUUUUUUUUAUCUGAGAGGGCUUUAUGUAAUUGUCGACCCCAAAAAACUAAAACACGGGUUUUUACAAAGUCUGGAGUUUGGUUUGUCACCCAAACUUUGCACUUUGUGUUCUUUGAUCUCCCACUGCCUCUCUGCAAUUUUCGUAAGUACUUUGUGUCGAAGGUAGAAGGAUAUUACCCCCCCCCCCCCCCCCCCCCUGCACGCUCAGAUGUUCGCUGACGGACUCAAGAAUUUCGUUAGGCUCUAAACCGAUGGGAAGAGAUGGCUUUCAUAGAUCAGAAACAUUUUCCUGUUAAUUAAAGAAUAGCCUCAAUUUGUCAGCAGAAACUAAUAAGACCCAUUAGACACCAGUUAUGGUAAUAUCACAGUCCCAGUCAGAAGUUUACAUACACUCAUCAUCUGCAUGAAUGUCAAUAUUCUCAAGCCUUUAAUGGUUGUUUUUGCUGUUCUUAUUUCAGAUUCAGUGAUUCUAUAAAGUACAACCUUUUUUAAGGAUUUAAAAACCAGGUCUGGGUGUUCAAGGUUGAACUCAUGAGGAUUUUUCUUGAAAGUCAAAAUUACACAAACAAGCUCAAAUAUUUACAUACGCCACUAAUAUUUAAAUAUGAGUCCCCUUGCAAUGUUCAGGAAAACUUCAAUUUUUUUUCUUUUUUUUUCGGAUCCAUUAACCAGUUCCAGGCAUAAUUCUGGCUGCAUAUGUGACCCCUCUUCUUGACAGAAAUGGUUACUUUUAAGGUGAUCAGUUUCCUGAUAAAAGAUCCAGCUUUUCAGCAUAGUCCAUACAUUUUCAAUAGGAUUGACUUUGGGCCAAUUUCAGAAAUGUGUUAUAGAUUUUUUUUUUUUUAUUGGGGGAGAGAUUAUCUUCCUGUUUUAACAACCAAUUGUGUCCAACCUUCAAGUUGAUUUGAUGUUGAAGGAUUCAGAGGUGGUUCUCUAUCUUUCUCAUCCGACCCAUUUUGUCCAAUGCACCAGUACCAUUUAGAUCAUAAUUCUGCCACCAACACCGCCAAGCUUAUCAGUUCUUAUGGUCUCUGACCUACUUACUUAACUUGACUCCUCCAAACAUGCUUCUCAUCACUGUGGCCAAACGGCUCAAUCCUUCUUCUUUCCCUCACAAUAAAACAGUUUAUUAGGCUUGUCUUUGUUCACUAAAGCCGAGUCUGUGCCAGAAAAAAAUGAUUUUAAUAAGCAACCAAACUGAGACAGGAAUAGUGGUCUAAUAUCUUGACAAAAAUAUGCCAGAAACUUUUUGAGUCAACAAAAAGUUUGGUUUCUGCAACUUGCUAUGGGGAUUUCAAAAUAAAAAUUAUUGGAAAAGUAUGUACAUUAUACAUGCAUUUGAGACUGUAUGUAUAACUUAUAAGAAUUCAAACAUGUGCUCCUAACUUGUGUUUUUAAAAUUAACAGCCUGGGAUAUAAACCCUCCACCCUGCCAAAAUAUGGUUGAAAUGAAUCAGUAAAAUCCCAAAAGCAUGAUGACAUUCAUACCCAUGAUGAAUAAAUACACGCUUCUGACCAGAAAUAAAAAACGAAUUUAAAGUUAUUAUCUAAAGUAGAGAGAGAAUACCUGCAGUCAUUCUGUUUGUUGUUUCUUAUUGAUUUGUUUUACUACAAACGGCAGAACAUUUCAGUGGAAUCAUUAAUAUUUCACGAUUGCAUGUUUGAUUUAGACUACUGAACCCAUUUCUCUAAAUCAAACAUUGUAGUAUGACGGUAAUUAAAGCAUUCCCACCCGCCUAUAAGGGUGAUUAGUUAAAUAAUCUGCACUUAAAACGAAUGGAUGUUCUAUUAAAAUGGGUUUGUUAAUUAUUUUAUGACAUUCCUUUGUCUACAGACAGUCCAAAAUGUGGUCUUGUCAUAUUGGUGUUUAAUAGUUGUAAGACAAAAAUUGCAGACUUACCCUAAUUUCUUCCCAUCCAAUGAUGCUGGGACUGAUAACAUUCUUGGGCUGGAAUAACAUUCUUUAGCUGAAGAAAAAAAUAAAUAAAUAAAUAAAACAUUAAAUUUGGUUUAAUAUUUAGAACAUUUUUAAUUCCAUUGAGAUCGCAGUAACUGGUAGAAGCCACCAGGGGGCCCCAUGACUAAAGCUUUUGGUUGAUGGGGUCAAGCGAUGAAACUGUAACAUCACUAAAUGCUGUCUUUCUAAUUCUAUCAAUGUUAUCACUAUGAUUAAGUCUACCCUUUUCUAAGUAGCUUGUGUGCUUUUUUUUUAAAAAAAAUGCUUUCUUCUGCGUUCUAAAUGACUUUUUACAGGUAUUUUUUCCAGUCUUUUGCUAGAAAAAGCCACGCCAUAUGUAUUGAUUGUAAGGGCUUUUUUCUAGUUUGGUGAUUGCACUGUGCAGAAACCUGUAUAGAGGUUGUUGUUGUUGUUUUUUUAAUUGAGAAUGAAUUGUUUGUAAACUUUUUUGUCAAAUGUGAAACUUUUUUUUUUUCUUUUCUUCCAAGAAUAAUUUUUAAGGGGAACGUUUUUUUUUUUUUCUUUUUUCUGGAAAUUAACUGAAAAAAAUAAAUAAAUUGUGACAUGGGAAAAUUUGAAUUCUUCAUACAAGUUGUUUGAACUGAGACGUGUACGCACACAUACACAUGAUUAUACAUUUUGAAGACAUUUCUUUCUAUUGCCUUAAUCUGCCAUGUAGAAAGUCCAUUGGGAGUCGUUUUUAUGACAAGUUUUUACGUGUUUUGUUUUUUGCAUGAUUUUGGUAAUCCUAGUUGUGGUUGGAGAGACGAAAGACCAGUCAUUUUUACUUAAACUAUUUUGUUGUAGAGUUCCUUUUUGUUAUAAAUACCGUAACAGACUUUUGUCGGACGAAAACCUUGCAAACUUCAAUCUUUCUUUGAGCAACCAGUUUAUUCUGACUCUUGAAAGACUCUUAAAACAUUAAAAUAUCAAUAGACUGGUGGUGAUUAACGUUUGUAAAUCUGAAAUGAUGUUACACUGUGGUUUCACGUUCACUUUUUACCAACAAGUGAGAUGAUUUCUUGUAUUUAUACAGAUGUCAAAAAAAAUCUUUUUGUGGAUGAUUUUGUUAUGGACAUCAUAAUGAUCUUUCUAUGUUUGUCUGGGAAAGAAUUAAAUGAGAAAUGCUUCAUA